AUGGAUUUAGAUGAGAUCUUACACGAAGUUGGGGAAAAUGGUAAGUAUCAGAACCUGAUGCUGUGGUUCGUUUUCUUGCCCGCGCAUUUAACUUUCGGCUGUCAUGCUUACAGCCAGCUUUUUAUGAUGUGGACUCCAGACCACUGGUGCCAGGUUCCAGAACUGGGAGCUGCAAAUCUUAGUGAACAUUUGAUCAGACAUUUAACUGUGCCCCCACAUCCGAGUGGCACAGGAUACAGCAGGUGUUCCAUGUAUAAACUGGAUUACAGCAUCCAUACUGAUCACAAUACGAUUAUUUUAAAAGAGCCCAACACUAACUGGACCAAUGUGACUUGCAACAAAGGCUGGAUAUAUAAUACGAGUGGGAACUGGGAUCGAGAUACAGCCGUUACGAAGUGGGAUUUAGUAUGUUCUAAGAAAUGGUUUCCUAUGAUUUCUUUGACUGCUUUUAAUGCCUCAGGAUUGCUAGGGCAGUGUAUUUGUCUCCUCGUGGCGGCUAAGUUUGGAAAAAGAGUUCUUUUCUUUGGAACGCUGGUAGUACAAAGUGCAGGAGGAUUGGCCACAGCAUUUUCUCCGAAUUUUAUUUGCUUCAUUGUUUUUAGAUGUUUAGUUGGACUAACAAUUCCGGCUGUACUUUUAGCUCCAUCAUCUUUAGCAAUUGAAUUAAGUGGCGUAAAAAGUCAUGGAAGAGUGACGCUUCUUUGUUCUGCAGUGCAGAGUUUUGGAACAGCUUUACUAGCAGGAAUCGUUCUUUUUGUUGGUGAUUGGUCGAAUUUAGCUCUGGCAAGCUCAGUUCCUUUCUUAGUCUUCCUACUUUAUGGUUGGGUUUUUCCAGAAUCUCCCAAAUGGCUGCUGGAAACAGGACGAUACGAAGAAACUGGGAGACUCCUGAGAAAUAUUGCUACAACAAAUGGCAGAAGUUUGUCCCCGGACUAUGUUGUCAGCCUAAAAAGAAGGUUUCGGGUAGAAAUUGCCCUUCAAGAGGAUAAGCACAGAGACACAGGGGGUCACAGCCUUUGCGAUCUUCUCAGUACAUCUAAUAUGCGAAGAAAAGUCAUCAUCAUGAUCUUUGUUUCAUCUUUCUCAUCAACGGCAUGUUUAGGCCUUACUUACUACUCCAUCUAUCUGCCAUCAGAGAAGAGCAUUCAACUUAACUUCACGUUUUGUGCAGCCGCUGAAGUUGUAGCUGUUGCCAUGACAAUUGUAACUUUGCGGUGUGCCGGCAGACGAUGCUCCACUUUCCUAUUUUGUGCCUUAAGCGGAGUGGUGUGCCUCCUUCAUGCCUUUUCUACAGCUUAUUUAGGAUGGAUGAUAUCAUUAAUAUCCUACUUCAUCGCUAAAUUUUUUGCUCACACAUCAAACAUUGUUCUGCAUCUAUGGACCCGAGAACAGCUACCAGUUGUCACAAGAGAAAGUGGAUUGCACUUUAUUGAGACAAUAAGCUUAAUUGGACCCAUAGCUGUGCCCAUUAUCAUAUUUAAGGGAGAAGAGAAUCCGCAUUUACCAAUGUGUGUCUUUGGAGGCCUAUUUCUCUUUUGCGCUAUUUUAUGCAUAGGACUUCCAGAAACAAAAUACAGUAAAAAUUUACAAACCCUCCACGACGCAGAGAUGUUUGGAAAAUAUUGGAAAUGGAAAGACUAUCUUACAUCUGGACCUACCAAAUCAGAUCACAAAAAUGGCAUCUUAAAAAGUUUAGAAAAAAGACCACAGUCACCUAUAUUAGGACUUUUGAGAAAGAGAGACAGUUUUCAUUUAGCCAACGCAGAGGGAGAAAUUGAAGUUUUUAGAAUGCAAUUUUGACUCAUCAACUCUGGAAAAAGCAGUAAAAGUAACUGUACUUUGAAUAACGAAGCUCUAAGAGGAAACUCUUCUCAAAUGUGAAAACCACUUUUGCUAAAGUAUUAUGUUUCAACA